AUGAAUCUCUCCGCUUUCCGGCCCGUCUUCCGCUGCUCGGCCGCACCAUGGAUACAGCGACCGUCUUGCAAUUGGCCAACCCUCACACGGCCACAGCUCGAACAAAAGAAACCCAGCACACAGUCGUCCCCCUUCUCCUCUACAUGCCGGCUGCAAAAGCGCUCGAAGAAAGGUGGAGGCAAUGAUCCAAGAAUAACAAACAUCCGCUACCACCUCUCACACCCGCUCACGCCGCGGCCACUACACUUUUCGCGCAACCGCUCGCUGCGGCACUGGACCAUCCACCGCGCGUGGCUGCUCUUCCUGCGCAAGCGCCGGGCGGCCGAAGAAGGCGAGCUGGAGCGCCAGUACAACUGCAUGCGGGCUGCGUGCGAGCACCUGCGGCUUCUGGACGAUAAAGGGAAUAGGGUGGCGGAGCACGAGGCGGGGGGCCAGGGCCCGGAUGCGGGCAGGCUGGGCGUCAAGGGCAGGGACGUCGGCAGGUUGUAUCGUAGUGCUAUGCUUAAGAGGGGCGUCUGGGGGAGUGUGCCGGUCGAGUAUGCGAGGGUGCAGACGGAUUUUCCGCCGAGGGAGGGGUGGAAUCAUGCUUGGACGAGGAAUUAG